AUGCAUGUGGACGCUGACGGUCCUGGGGAAGAGGGCUCAGUGGACUCGGGCUUCCCCUCGGUGCCGGUGACCCACAGCCGGGGCCUGGCUCAGGAGCUGGACUCUCAUCUUUACGGUCACAUCCUGGUCCCGGGACACCAACGACCGCGACGACCCAAACCACAGCACUCCCACUCCAUCCUCCGCAAACAGGCCGAGGAGGAGGCCAUCAAGCGCUCCCGGUCUCUGUCAGAGAGCUAUGAGCUGUCAGCGGACCUCCAGGACAAACAGGUGGAGAUGCUGGAGCGUAAAUAUGGCGGGCGUUUCAUAACCCGCCACGCGGCGCGCACCAUCCAGACCGCCUUCCGUCAGUACCAGAUGAACAAGAACUUUGAGCGUCUGCGCAGCUCCAUGUCUGAGAACCGCAUGUCGCGGCGGAUCGUCCUGUCCAACAUGAGGAUGCAGUUCUCCUUCGAAGGACCCGAGAAACUCCACAGCUCUUACUUCGAAGGGAAGCAGCUGUCGCUCACGGACGACGAGGCCAAACAGGGUCCUCUUCCCGGGGAGCGAUGUGGCGAGAUCCAGGCCAAGACCCCCCAGAACGACUUCACGGACGCCAUCACCGAGCUGGAAGACGCCUUCUCCAGACAGGUCAAGUCUCUGGCCGAGUCCAUAGACGACGCUUUGAACUGCCGCAGCAUCCAGGGCAACGACAGCCCGGCCGAGCCCAGCAGAGGCCACCAGGAGAGGGAUGGGAGCUGCCCGGUGAAGUCCCCUCUUAGCUCCUCUGACCAGCGUAAACUGGACGAACUGAGCGCUUCGUACAGUGACGUCACGCUCUACAUCGACGAGGACGAGCUGUCGCCUCCGCUGGGUCAGUCCAUGGACCGUCCCUCCAGCGCCGAGUCCCCCCUGCACCAGCGCUCGCUCACCUCUGCCCAGGAUUACUGGUCUCACCUCCACAAAGACGACAAAGGAGACACGGACACCAGCUGCAGGAGCACGCCGUCUCUGGAGGAGCAGCGUCUCAGGGUGGAGCACCUCCCAUUACUGACCAUCGAGCCUCCGAGUGACAGCUCCGUGGAACUCAGCGACCGCUCCGACCGCAGCUCUUUGAAGAGGCAGAGUGCGUACGAGCGAGGUCUGAGAGAUCAGCAAAGUAGUCCCAAAACCAUCCCUCGGGGUCUUCCUCCGCGGGGCCCGUCCAGGGAGGACCGGCCGCGGCAGCUGGAACCGCAUCACGGCAUCAACGGGACGGCGAACAGGCAGAGCAAGUCGGAGUCUGAUUUCUCGGACGGCGAUAACGACAGCAUCAACAGCACGUCCAACUCCAACGACACCAUCAACUGCAGCUCCGAGUCCAGCUCCAGAGACAGCCUCCGCGAGCAGACCCUCAGCAAACAGACCUACCACAAGGAGACGCGCAACAGCUGGGACUCUCCCGCCUUCAGCCACGACAUCAUCCGCAAGAGGCACUACCGCAUCGGACUCAACCUCUUCAACAAGAAACCUGAGAAAGGAACCCAGUUUCUGAUCGAGAGGAACUUUGUCCCUGAGACUCCGGUGGGCGUGGCCCACUUCCUGCUGCAGAGAAAAGGCCUGAGUCGACAGAUGAUCGGAGAGUUCCUGGGAAACAGACAGAAGCAGUUCAACAGAGAUGUCCUCGAUUGUGUAGUGGAUGAGAUGGACUUCUCGGUGAUGGAGCUGGACGAGGCGCUGCGCAGGUUUCAGGCUCACAUUCGAGUUCAGGGAGAGGCUCAGAAAGUGGAGCGACUCAUCGAGGCCUUCAGUCAGAGGUACUGCAUCUGUAACCCGGGGGUGGUGCGGCAGUUCAGAAACCCCGACACCAUCUUCAUCCUCGCCUUCGCCAUCAUCCUCCUCAACACAGACAUGUACAGCCCCAACGUGAAGCCGGAGAGGAAGAUGAAGCUGGACGACUUCGUCAAGAACCUCAGAGGAGUGGACGAUGGAGAGGACAUUCCCCGUGAGAUGCUGGUUGGAAUCUACGAGCGAAUCAGGAAGAGGGAGCUGAAGACCAACGAGGACCAUGUGUCGCAAGUGCAGAAGGUGGAGAAGCUCAUCGUGGGGAAGAAGCCGAUCGGAUCGUUACACCACGGACUCGGAUGUGUGCUGUCGCUGCCUCACCGCAGACUGGUCUGUUACUGUCGCCUCUUUGAGGUCCCGGACCCAAACAAACCUCAGAAACUGGGGUUGCACCAGAGAGAGAUCUUCCUCUUCAACGACCUGCUGGUGGUUUCCAAGAUCUUCCAGAAGAAGAAGAACUCUGUGACCUACAGCUUCAGACAAUCAUUCUCUCUGUACGGGAUGCAAGUGCUGCUGUUCGAGAACCAGUAUUACCCAAACGGAGUCCGCCUGACGUCCGCCGUCCCUGGAGCCGACGUCAAAGUCCUCAUCAACUUCAACGCUCCCAACCCUCAGGACCGAAAGAAGUUCACAGACGACCUCCGAGAGUCUGUGGCAGAGGUGCAGGAGAUGGAGAAGUACCGCAUAGAAUCUGAACUGGAGAAGCAGAAGGGCGUGGUCAGGGUCUGCGUGUCCCAGUGCUCCGGGCUGAAAAACGACACCGGAACUGGCAACCUGAGCCGGGCCAGUCUGGACGACUCCUACGCCAUCGGGGACGGUCUGAAGAGGAGCGCCCUCAGCAGCUCUCUGAGGGACCUCUCUGACGCAGGCAAGCGUGGGCGGCGCAGCAGCGCAGGAUCUCUAGACAGCAAUCUGGAAGGGUCCAUCAUUAGCAGCCCCCACAUGCUCAGAAGACCCCCCUCCAGCCGGGACUGUCCCUCUCGCUACAGCGGCCAGUCUCUCCCCAACUCGGCCUCUCUCCUGGGCUCUCUGUUCGGGACCAGGCGUGUGAGGUCUCCCAGCCCCACUCCACAGAGCCCUCACCCCUCCCUCCUCCCUCACCCCUCCCUCUCCCCUCACCCCUCCCUCUCCCCUCACCCCUCCCUCCUCCCUCACCACGCCGCUCGAGGAGACUCCGAGUCCACGGCGGCCCACGCUCAGUUCUGCCAGGCCACGCAGCAGAACCCUCCGCCUUAUCACCACCACCACCACUUCCACCCGCCGGCCCACCUGCAGCACCCGCCCCACCCUCCUCACCCUCCUCACCCUCCUCACCCUCCUCACCCGCCCCAACACCCGCUCCACCCACACCACCACCACCCAGCCCCCAGCCAAUCACAGAGCUCCUCCAGCACAAAACCCAAGCACAGCGGCAUCAGCACAGUGGUGUGA